ACACAAAAUACCACACACCGUAGAACGAUCAACGUUAAAAUCAAAAUUAACAAGUAGUUUUUCAAAUUAUUUAAUUUUAGCUAUAGGAAAAAUCAAAUAAUAUGUGACGAAUAAUAAUUGAUGAAAGAACUGUUUUGUUUUCUUGACUCUCCUACGCUAAGACUUGGACAACAUUAAUGUUUAUAUAUGUAGAGUUUGCAACCCUAAGACAAAUACUUAAUGAGAAAUCAAUUUUGUUGUGAUCUCUUAGUCUACAAAAAAUCUUAUGUAUAUUAGCAUUGAAAACGGACUGAAAUCUUUUCAACACAAGCGUGACGACGACAAAUUUUUUUAACGCGAAAUUGUUGUGUGAAGAGUGGAAAAUGUCAGAUGAGUUCAGGACAGCUGUUUCGUGUGAUAUUGCUUUAAUUAGUAAAAAAUGUACACAAAAAGUGUUUAAACCGUCAAUCUGUCUGACAAAAAAAUAUUUUCUAAGGUCAACGGAAUUUUAGGCAGCCCCUCAAAUAUUGUUGCCAUUAAUGUUACUGGGAAUACACAAACAUUCAAACAUGCACACAUGUAUAUAUACAAAGUAAUAUAUAUAUGUAUUAGUGUUCUCGCUACGAGAGCCGAAGUGGUGUAAGAGCGAAAAGCGAACGUCAAAAGAAACGAGAGAUUCGCCUCUUAAUAUAGCAAUUGUGCUUGAUUUUAGUAUGCGAGGCGAUCAAUAUUUGGCUUUUGUUCAGUUAUAUUCUGUGUAAGCCAAAGUGAAGUCACCUCGUGCUAACAGCCGUGAUGUACAACAAUUAAUUGCAACAAUUAAAUACAUAUAUAUAUGUCUAUAUAAAUUAACAUUACAUUUGCAUGUACAUAGCACAAGCUAUAUAAAUCGCUAGAGGAAAUGCUAGCCUGAGCAUUUGCCUCAAAUUAUUAUACCAACAAAAUAAUUGACCAACGAUUGUGAAAGUUCUGUUAAAAGCAUAUUGUAGUGAAUUUAACGAAAAAAAAAAAUACAAUCAUAUAAAAUAGGCCGAAUAUUAUUGUUAAGCCAAAUGUACUAUCUUGUGGCGUACAGCUAGCAAUUAUUACAGCCGAAAGGCUGUAAAAAACAUUUUUGACGACGCCAAUUUACAAAUACAAAACUACAAAAUACAACAUACAUAUACACAUUCAUAUAGCAUAUAGCAUAUCAAGCUAAAACGACGACGACGACAAUACUAGCAGGACAUAAACCACCCACAAAUUGCAGCCCACAUUUAGAAAAUCGAUAUUUAUAUACUAGUCACAACGAAUUAUGAACUGAACGAUGGCAUUUGUGUGAUGUCAGUAAACUUUUGACCAUUUGGGCGAAUUGUUCACUGUGCACUUUAUUGUGAAUACACAUUUGUUGAACAUUACAAUUAUAUAAUCGGCCGUAGCAGUGGACCACCUUUGAAUUACACUAAAUUUGUUGGUUCUGCAAUGGUAAAAGAUAACACUGGCACACUCACAAUGCGUCUCGUUCGAAGUAAAUUACGCAAACGCGACGAGCCUCGGAACGCGUCAUCCAAUGUUAUUACUGAAGAUAAGGAGCACCUAGACGACAAUGGAGAUGAUGCUGAUGCUGAUACGGAGACGAAUACUACUAUGAACAACUGUAGCAGCCACCACGUAUCUUUCGUACGAAUGAGCGGCGGAGGCGCUGCCGAAGGUCGAAGUGGACAUCCAGAUGUGAUUGAUAUUCCGGAGUGGACAUUUCCUCCAAAAGCGCCUGCACCACAUAUCUAUCAUAUUAACCCGGAGAUGUUGAUAGCUAAUGACAAAAACAGUUUUAAAGGAUUUCGCAAACAAUUCAGUGGGCGGUUCAAGCGAUUAGUUGCCCGAAAACUGGAACCUGCACCUGUGAUACCUCCAGAACUAAAGCCGCAACUAAAAACAAUAUAUGUUUAUUAAUAUUAAGAUUUUGUAUGUAAAUAUGUGUAAAAUGACUACAGCUGGUGACAGCCAAGCAAUCAACUUUUUAAAUUAAUUAUAAAAAGUAUUUCACGCAUAUUAAUUUCUUAACGGUAAUUUGUACUUUGUCAAUGGAAUAAUAAGACACAUAGUAUUUGAAUAAAAGAAAUUCCUGACUAAA